AUGGCGACCCACCUCGCCCUCUCGCGCGUCGAGUUCGAGUACGAGGCCCAGACCGACGACGAGCUGUCGGUCUACGAGGACCAGCUCGUCUUUGUCCUCGAAGACGACGACCCCGACUGGCACAAGGUCAAGGUCAAGAACCCCGACCCGUCCGCCCCGGCCCAAGUCGGCCUCGUCCCGGCCUCGUACCUCGUCCCCGUCUCGGCUAUCCGCACCACCACGGCCCUGUACGACUACGAGCCCGCCCUCGAUGCCGCCACCGGCCAGCUCGAGAACGACGAGGAGAUGUACGUUGCCGAGGGCGAGCAGCUCGACCUCCUCGAGGAGGAGGGCGACUGGGUCUUGUGCCGCAAGACGGACGGCACAAAGGGCGUCGGCUUCGUCCCUGCGACCUACAUCGAGGGCGGCGAGGGAGCAGAGGAGGCCGGCGCAGUCGACGGCGACGAGUACCAGCACGAGACGCAGGGCUACGGGCACGCCGAGGACGAGGACGAGGAGGACGACGACACGGCCACUUAUGCCGCUCCGGCGGCGGCAGCUGCCGUCGUCGGUGCGGGCGCCGCAGCCGUCGCCGGCGACAUCAAGACGUGGAGCGUCACGAUGCUCGACGCCAAGAAGAAGAAGAAGAAGGGCACGCUCGGCGUCGGCAACGGUGCCCUCUUCUUUGCGAGCGAGAGCGACAAGACGCCGGUGCAGCAGUACUCGCUCUCGACCUUGUCCGACAUGACGACCGAGAAGCACAAGCACCUCCACCUCACGUUCCCGGCGGCCGACGGCGAGCUCCACUUCGUCAUCGGCGACAAGUCGACUUUCGACGACAUCGUCGCCAAGGUCGAGGAGGGUCGCGACGGCGGCGCCGCCGCUUCCUCGUCCGGCGUUCCUCCUCCCCCUGCCCUACCCGGCAGCAAUGGCGCGGGCGGCGCGCCGGCUCCCCCGCCGCCGCCUCCCCCUCCUCCCGCACCACCCGUCGGCAGCGCCUACAUCCCUCCCCCUCCGCCCAUCCGCUCCAACUCGUCCGCCGCGUCGGCGCUCCCGCCGCCGCCUAUCCGCUCGGCCAAGGCGGCACCGCCCUCGCCCGCCGCCGUCGCGAGCCCGCCCGCCGCACCGACGCCGCCGCCCGUCGCGCGCGCCGUGCCCGCUCCGCCUCCUGCGGCCGCGCAGCAGGGCAACGCGGUCGCGCUGUACGACUUUGAGUCGCAGGGCGACGACGAGUUGAGCCUCGCCGAGGGCGAGAGGGUCGUCUUCAUCGUCGGUGGGAGCGACGACGCCGAGUGGGCCAAGGUGAGGCGGAUCGCGACGGGCGAGGAGGGUGUCGUGCCGGUCAGCUACAUCGAGAUCGACGAGGGCGCCGAGACCGCCGCUCCUUCGCCACCGCCUCCUCCUCCUGCACCCGCCGCACCUGCUCCUCCACCUAUCCGCUCCACCGCCGGCUCGUCCCUCGCCAUGCCGCCGCCGCCGAUCCGCGCCAACACGCGCACGCGCGAGGACGCCGAGGACGCCGAGGUCCUGCGCGCCCAGCUCGAGGCCGACAAGCGCGCGCAGAAGGACCGCGAGCGCCGCGCCGAGAAGGAGCGUCGCGCCGAGCGCGAGCGGCGCGACCGCCUCAAGUCGCAGCCGAGCGCGAGGCCGAUCCCGGUCCCGGCGACGCGCGACGACGUCCCGAGCGACGACGACGACCUCGCACCUCCUCCACCUCUCGCUGCGCGUCCGAGCAAGAGCGCGAGCGGCGGCGGCGGCGGCGGCGGCGACAAGAAGCGCGACAUCAAGAAGCCCAACCUCGCCCGCACGCGCGUGUGGAAGGACCGCACGGGCCAGUUCAAGGUCGAGGCAGAGUUCCUCGGCCUCAACGGCCAGAAGAUCCGCCUGCACAAGGUCAACGGCGUCAUCAUCGAGGUCCCGCUCGAGAAGAUGAGCAACGAGGACGCGACCUACAUCCGCCAGCUCCAGAGCGGCGCCGGCGGCAGCUCGUCGCGCUCGUCGUCGUCGGCCCGUCGCGACGACAGCGACGCCGCACGUCGCGAGCGCCGGGCCGAGCGCGAGGCGCGUCACGCCUCUCGGUCCGAGGCCGUCAAGGGCGUCGUCACCGUCACCAAGCCGUCGUCGGGCAGCAACGGCGCGCCCAAGCGCCGGUCCGACUUUGACUGGUUCGACUUCUUCCUCCAGGCCGGGUGCGACAUGGACAACUGCACGCGCUACGCCCGCAACGCCGACAACGAGGGCUUCGACGAGCACCUCAUCCCGGACCUCGAGGACUCGAACCUGCGCAGCCUCGGCCUCAAGGAGGGCGACAUCAUCCGCGUCAAGCGCCACAUCAAGGACAAGUUCGGCGGCGGCGGCGGCGGCAAGGGCCCGUCGCUCCCGGACAAGGACGGCUCGGCGCGCCCGUCCUCGUCGUCGGCGCCCGUCAGCGACGAGCGCCAGGCGCAGAUCGACGCCGACCACGAGCUCGCGCAGCGGCUCUCGCGUGGCGAGCCGCUCCCGCCGGCGGCGCCGGGCCUGUUCUCGUCGGGCCCCGAGGGCACGCUCAAGCCUCGACGCGGGCGGCGCAACACGGCGGCGAGCGCGACGAGCGUCAACUCGAACGCGCUCACGGCUGCGGCCUCGGAGCUCGAGAAGAACCGCGGCUCGAGCCCGGCGCAGCAGCAGCAGCAGCGAGUCGCGUCGCCGAGCCCCGAGACCGAGACGCGCAAGCGGUCGAGCUCGACCAUUCCCGUCCACGGCGGCUUUGACGACGACGCGUGGGACAUCAAGCCCUCGGCGUCCAAGGCCGCAUCGCCUGCGCCGUCGCCCGCUCCCGCACCGCCCAAGGCGCCGUCGCCUCCUCCUGCACCCGCACCUCUCGUCCCCGCAACGACCUCGUCCUCGUCGACGACCAAGCCCGCCGAGUCCGAGAGCAAGGACUCGGGCCUCACCUACAACGACGGCCUCCUCGCCGGCCUCAGCCUCGGCGCGUCGACCCGCAACAACGCCUCGUCGCCGUCGCCGUUGCAGCAGACGCCGCAGCAGACGGGGUACUCGUCCGCUCGCGGCCCGAUCCCGCCCGUCGCCGCCAACCAGGGCCUGCUCGCGCCGCUGCAGCCCAUGCGCACGGGCGUGCCCGUCGGCGGCCUCCAGGCGCAGAACACGGGCUUCUUCCCGGGCGCGACGACGAUCGGCGUCAUGCCCAUGCACACCGGGUUCAGCGGCGGCAUGAUGAGCCAGCCGACCGGCUUCGCGGGCAUGACGUCGCCGAUGGGCAUGCAGCCGACGGGCUUUGCGCCGCAGCCUACGGGCUUCUCGGCGCAGCCGACCGGCUUCAUGCAGCCCCAGGCGACGGGCUUCAUGCCGUCGCAGCAGACCGGGUUCGGCGGCGGCUUCGGCGGCGGCGGGUUCGGCGCGCAGCCGACCGGCUUCGCGCCUCAGCAGACGGGCUUCGGCGCGCAGCAGACGGGCUUCAUGCAGCCGCAGGCGACCGGGUUCGGCCAGCAGCAGCAGCAGCAGCAGCAGCCGGUCCAGUUCAACCCGCUCCCGCCCUCGUCGUCGUCGGGCCCCUCGUCCAACACGGUCGCCUCGACGGGUGCGACGCACAACGCGCCGACCAACGUCUUUGCCGCCAUGAAGGACGGCACGUUCGCGGCCGGCAAGACGCACCUCCCGCCGCAGGACGAGACGAGGUACGACGCGCUCCGGGCCCAGCCGACGGGCUUUGCGCAGCAGCCGCCUCAGCAGCAGCAGAUGGGCAUGGGCAUGGGCGGCAUGGCGGGCGGGAUGGGAAUGCCAAUGGGCAUGGGAUUCGGAGGAGGGCAGAUGCCGCAGAUGACCGGCUUCAUGCCGCAGCAGCAGCAGCAGCCGUACGGCUACCAGCAGCUGGUCCGCACGCCGUCGUCGGCCUUGGUCCAGAUCUCGCACUUCUUCCCGCCCGACCGUAUUCCCCUGCCCCGCCCAACCCUGUCGCCGCUCUCUCAUGUCAUGUCAAAGUGCUCGGUACCCCUUUCCUGA